AUGCCGCUGGUGCAGAUCGAGGUCUGCGACUUCAAGUCCUACAAGGGACGCCAAGUAAUAGGCCCCUUCCGCUCCUUCACUUCUAUAAUCGGACCCAAUGGCGCGGGCAAAUCCAACCUGAUGGACGCAAUCUCCUUCGUCCUGGGCGUCAAAUCCGCACAACUCCGCUCGGCUCAACUUCGUGAUUUGGUCUACCGCGGUCGACGCCUAGCGAACGAGGACGAAGGGACAGGCACGAGUCUGGCGAGUGGCGCGGAGGACGUGGACGCGCACAGCGCUUGGGUCGAAGCGAUGUACGAAGACGCGAACAAGAAGCAAUAUGUCUUCAGACGGACGAUAUAUACCGAUGGCGGCAAGAGCGAGUACCAGAUCAACCGGAAGACGGUCAGCCUGAACGAAUACACCAACGCCCUCCGCGCGCACAACAUCCUCGUCAAAGCCAAGAACUUCCUCGUCUUCCAGGGCGACGUCGAGGCCGUCGCGUCGCAGUCGCCCAAAGACCUCACGCGGUUGAUCGAGCAGAUUGCCGGGAGCCUGGAGCUGGAGAAGGAGUACGAGGACGCGAAGAAGGCGCAGGAUAACGCGACGGAGAAGGCUACGGCGCAUUUUGCGAAGCGGAGGGGCAUCACGGGCGAGGUUAGGGCGUAUAAGGAGCAGAAGGGCGAGGCGGACAAGUUCGAGGCGCGCGUGCAGGAUAAAGUCGAGGCGACGCUCAGGCUUUUCUUGUACAAGCUCUACCAUAUCGGGCAGAAGCUCGACACGAGCAGGGAGACAAUCGAGGCACGUGCGCCGAAGUUGAAGGACCUGCGGGAGGCCAAGGAGGAGGCGGACGAUAAGCUGGCGGAUGCGAGGAAGGACCAGGCGACGGCCAGGGCCCAGGUCACGGCAAAGGAGAAGCGCGUCAAGAAGGCGGAGAAGGCGUUGGACAACAAGAAACCGGAUGUUGCGGCGCUCGAAGCCCAAAUUGCACACAGCAAGCGCAAACGCGACAACGCGUCGAACAUCCGCGCCCAAGUCGCAGCAGACGUCGCACGGCACGAAGCUCGCCUCAACUCGCUCAAGCGUGAUCUCGAGGAAACAACCGCUCUAGCUGAACAAGCGCAAGAGGAAGCGCGCGCAGCGGCUGAGAACACUCUCGCUCUGUCACCAGAGGCCCAGGAGGAGUACCGACACCUCCGCGCAGAAGCGUCCAUCCUCGCAGUAGAUGAGCGCGCGCAGCUCGAAGGCGCAGAACGAACACUUGCCUCUGCGAAACGCGCCUGGUCCACGUUGAAUGAUGCGCGGGAAGAAAUGGAUCGUCGUCGUGAGCAGAAGUCAUCCGAAGAGGCGACUGUAGGCGAGAAGCGACGCGAGCUCGAGGAGAAAGUCCGCGAUCUACAGGCUAAUGCGCAACGCAUCAAGUCGGAGCUUGAGGGUGUACGCUCUGAGCGUGCACGGGUUCAGCAACUCGAGCAGGAGAUUGGCGAGAAGCUUAAUGAGACGGCGGCCAAACUGCUUCAGGCGGGCGUUGAUAGGUCCGAGAGCGAGCGCGAGGCCAAGCUACGCGAUACGUUACAGAGCUUGCAAAAGAUCUUCCCUGGCGUCCGUGGCAGACUCGUCGACCUCUGUAAACCGACUCAACGGAAGUACGAGACGGCCGUAUCCGUCGUUCUGGGCCGGAACAUCGACGCGGUCGUUGUAGACGAAGAGAAGACUGCGAUUGACUGUAUCGAGUACAUGCGCAACCAACGCGCGGGCAUAGCGACGUUCAUCCCGCUCGACACGAUCACCGUCAAGCCCGUGAACGACAAGUUCCGCGCCUUUGCCAAGGGCGCGAGGUUAGCGGUUGACGUUGUGCAGUACGAGCCUGUCGUCGAGCGCGCGGUGUGGCACGCAUGCGGCUCGGCACUCGUCUGCGAUACGAUGGACGUGGCGCGAUACGUCUGCUACGAGAAAGGACAGGAGGUUAAAGCCGUUACGCUCGAGGGCACCGUCAUCCAUAAGUCGGGCUUGAUCACUGGUGGUCGGUCGGCGAAUGAGGGGGGCAGGAAGUGGGACGAGAAGGACGUUGAGGGUCUCAAGCGCGUGCGGGAUAAGCUUUUGAGCGAUCUACGCGCGCUGCAGAAGGAUAAGCCUCGCGCGGAUGACGAGGCUCGUCUAUCCGAGCUUUCGCGCUUGGAGAGCGCGUUGCAAGUCGCGCGUGACGACCUCUCGGCGGUCAAGCUCAAGCUGCAGGGCAUCAAGGACGAGCUGAAGAGCAUCGACCGCGCGAUACGCGAGAACACGCCCAAGCUACGCAAGGCCAAGUCCGACCUCGACGCAGCCCAGUCUGCCUAUGACGCGCUGGCAGCCGUAGUCAACUCGGCCGAAGACGGCGUAUUCGGCGACUUCUGCGCUCGUAUCGGCGUAAACCAUAUCAGGGAGUACGAGGAGCGAACGAGCAGGAUCAACCAAGACGAGAGCGCGGCGAGGUUGAAGUUCGAUACCCAGAUCGCGCGGUUGAAGCAUCAAGUACAGUUUGAAGAGGAGCAGCUCGACGCAACCCGCCAGCGCCUCGUCCGGAUAGACGAGACCAUCGCCACCGAAACUGCCAACCUCACCAAACACGAGUCCGCACUGGCGGCGACCCAAGCAGACCUCGCCACCCUCGCCGCCGCCGUCCAGUCCGCGCAAUCUGAACUCGACGACGCCCGCGCAGCGCACGACGAAGCAGGCACUGCCGUAGACGCAGCGAAACGUGCUGCCAGUAAAGCUGCCAAGGCGUUGGAUGCGGCGGAAAAGGAAAUCGCCGGUUUGAAUGACGAGAUUGAGCGGUUGGGGAUGGAGAGGGGUGCGCUCUACAGGCGGUGUAGGCUCGAGGAGGUUCAGCUACCGUUGAUCGAGGGCGACCUGAGUCAGGUGCCGAUGGACGAGUCCUUACGCGAGCCGAACGCGAACGGGGAUGCCAUGGACGUCGAUGGCGAGGAGAGUCAAGUCCAGAUCCGCGAGGUCGCCGAUUACGGACUCGAAGUCGACUUCGACAGCCUGGACGACGAAGAUCGUGAAGAUCCCAGCGGCGAGCGGCAGGCGGAGCUUGAGAAGGAGAUUGAGAAGCUCGGCGGCGAGAUCGAGCGGAUGGCGCCGAACAUGCGUGCGAUCGACCGUCUGGACGACGUCCAAGCCAAACUCGUCGAGGCGGACCAAGAGGCGGAUAAGGCGAGGAGGGAGAGUAAGGAGGCCAGGGAACGAUUCACGGAUGUGAAGAGGAGGCGGACGGAGCUGUUCAGUGCGGCGUACGAUCAUAUCAGCGAGAGGAUCGAUGGGGUGUACAAGGAGCUUACGAAGGGCCGGGCGGCGCCGCAUGGUGGUGUUGCAUACCUCUCGCUCGAGGAUAGCGAGGAGCCGUACGCUGCGGGUGUCAAGUACCAUGCCAUGCCGCCCAUGAAACGCUUCCGCGACAUGGAACAGCUGAGUGGAGGGGAGAAGACUAUCGCUGCGCUCGCACUACUCUUCGCGAUUCACUCGUUCAAGCCUGCGCCGUUCUUCGUGCUGGAUGAGGUGGAUGCUGCACUGGACAACACGAACGUUGCUCGGAUCGCCAACUAUAUCCGUGCGCAUGCGGGUCCGGAGUUCCAGUUCGUGGUCAUCAGUUUGAAGGGGAGUUUGUAUGAGAGGAGCGAGGGGUUGGUGGGGAUUUAUAGGGACCAGGAGGUCAAUUCGAGUCGGACGGCCACUCUUGACCUCACUCAAUAUAACGAGUAG